AUGAAGCUGACUCUUGUACAAAUCUUUUUCAUGCUGCUGCUGCUGCUGCUGGGCCUGGGCCUCGGCCUGGGGCUGGGGCUUCACAUGGCCUCAGUGGUCCUGGAGGAUAGUGAUCAGCCACUGAACCAGUUUUGGUCCAGUGACUCACAGGACAAAGUCGAGGCCACUGAGAAGGGAAAGGGCAUACAAACCACAGAAAGCCUAGUGCUCAGCAACAAUGGGACAGGGGAACCUGGCUGGCCAGAAGAUAACAUCUCCAGUGAAGACGAGGUCAGAGGAAACAGGGUGCUCAGGGAUGAGACUCUCUUGCGAAGCAACAAAGAAGAUCUUAGGCUUGGCUUAGAGGCCAGGGAAUGCAAUACCAUGAUGGCAAACAAGAUGAAGGAGCACAAUCGCAGCUGCAUAACGGAGUACACAUUCAUCCAUGAGAAUCUCAACACAGUCAAAGCUGUCUGUAGCAGUCCUGUGGUUGCCUGUGACCUCAAAGGGGCCAAAUGUCACAGAAGCCCCCGUCCCUUUGAUUUAACAUUCUGCAAGUUGUCCAAACCUGGCCAGGUCACUCCUAAAUGCAAUUAUAUGACUUUCAUUAUGGAAAGGGUCAUCAUCAUAACCUGCAAUGCCAUGAACCUCCAGUUAACAUCUAUACAGUGA